UCUCAUCCCUCUCCUCCCAUUACAGGGACCGAGCCAUGCGGGGAUAAUAGCACGCAGAGCCGGAAGAGUCUGCAGGAUGCUCCGCGCCACAUCCACUGUCACACGGCUGCCCGCAGGCCUCCCCCGGCUCUAGUACGCGCUCACCCCGCCUGGCCCAGGUGUAGCAUCCCGUAGACAGACCUCUCGGCCUGGUGAGUAGCACGACGCCGGAUCGACACCCGAUCCUCCCUCACCGGUAUCCCGGUUUCCCCGCACGUCACUCUGGUCCACAGCAGGCAGCGCAUCGCGCCGCGGGCUCUUCGGUGCGUGGUGGAUUGGGCCCGGACACAAUGCUGUGGUGCUUGAUGGCGGUUCUCCUCCCAUCGACCUCCAUUACACAAGCUGUUAGCUGCUGCUGUUCUUGUCCCACCUGAGCAUCCGUCCCCAAGCUUCUUCUCCCGGUUCGUCCCCUAAAACUGUCCCUGACAUGAGUUCCCCCCCACUGGGGUCUCGAGGCAGCAUGGACAUCCUGGACGAGCUGCAGCUGAUCGCAGCCCAGAACCUGGAGAAGCUGGAGGUCAACAAGUACUACGAGGUGAUCAGAGAGCUGGGCAAAGGCACCUACGGGAAGGUGGAUCUGGUCAUCCACAAGAUCCGAGGUACAAAAAUGGCCCUGAAGUUCCUAAAGAAGAAGUCAACCAAGCUGAAGUCGUUCCUGCGAGAGUACAGCGUCUCCCUGUACCUGUCCCCCUGCCCGUUCAUCAUCAACAUGUUCGGCAUCGCCUUCGAGACGGACGACUACUAUGUGUUUGCACAGGAGUACGCGCUGGCAGGGGACCUCUUCGACAUUAUUCCUCCACAGGUUGGUCUUCCUGAGACUGUGGCAAAACGCUGCGUGCACCAAGUAGCCAUCGCGCUGGACUACCUGCACUGUAAGAAGCUGGUCCACCGGGACAUUAAGCCUGAAAACAUCCUCAUUUUUGACCGAGAGUGCCGCAAGGUCAAGCUGUCAGAUUUCGGCAUGACGCGCCGAGCUGGCUCACCUGUGAAAAGAGUGAGUGGCACCAUCCCCUACACGGCCCCGGAGCUCUGCGAUGUGUCCCGCCACGAGGGGUUCUGCGUGGACUACAGCACGGACGUCUGGGCCUUCGGCGUGCUGCUCUUCUGCAUGCUGACCGGCAACUUCCCCUGGGAGAAGGCCCUGCCCUCCGACUCCUUCUACCAGGAGUUCAUCCGCUGGCAGAGAAGGAGGACCAACGCGGUGCCGUCCCAGUGGAGGCGCUUCACGGAGCAGGCCCUCCGCAUGUUCCGCCGCCUGCUCUCCAUGGAACAAGACCGCCGCUGCUCUGUCAAGGAAGUCUUCGGUUACUUCAGCCACUCCUGGAUGCUGGACACAGAGAAGAACAACAACAACAGCAGCAGCUGCAGCGGUGGAGGUGGUGGAGAGCGGGUUGGCGGUGGAGGAGGUGUGCAGGGAGAGGUGGACAGCACAAUCUCGUCUUCCUCAUCUGGGGAGGAAGACGAGGACCUUCUUCUGGAGAGGAUGAAGCAGCAGACUUUAUCUCCUCUAUCCCCGCUGUCACCGCCCUCUCCCAUGUCUUCGGUAGCCAUUGACAGGGGCAGCGGGGUCGGAGGCGGGGCUAAGGGCGGAACGAUGGAAGCAAGCAGCGGCCACCAUUUUGUGUCGGUCUCCACCAACAGCUCCGUGUCGUCCACUAGCAGUUAUGAUCGAAUGGCGCGAGAGAACAGCUCCCCCGGUGGCCACAUGCUGGUGGCCACGCCCAUUGAAAUCUGCGUCUGAGGUGGUCACGAUGUUAACUUCCAUCCAACCACGUAGAGAACAAACGUCCUGCUCUCAGCGUCUUUGGGGAGGAAAAGCACACAUGGUCACAUAACAGGAAGUAGUUCUUGAAUGCAAACAUUACAGUAGGAAAGUGAGAAGUCCCUUUUACAUUUUGAUUUGAGUGACGUGCAAAUACAGCUUCAUGAAGUCCAGCGGGAAAUUUAAAAAUGCUUCUAUUGGAGAUACUGUCACUGAAACUAUUAGACCAACAUUCAUCUCUUAAAGCAAUAGUUCCAGCGGUGUGUGAUCUCUUCAGGACACGACUGUGUGUGAUUUCAUGUCUAAGUGAAGACGAAGGGCAAAGAAUUUGAUUUGUAUUUGUGAAGAAGACUGACACAGAGCUCCAGAAGAUACCAUGUAAGGCACCAACAAGGGAGCAUUAGUUUUAAGUGUUUUAUGUGUAACAAAAAUAUGAAAGUGUGAGUGUGUUUUUUUACUGUGUAGUAAUGUAUUACUGUCUUUGAAUCCAAAAGAGGUGGAUUUGUUUUGCGUUGAGAGUUGUAUUUAUUCAUUUGAAUCAAAAAAGACUACACAUUAUUUUUUCUAUUGUUUUUGUACAGCAGCUUGUGUUUUGGUGUUCUGGCGCAGAAAUGUUAAAGCCACGGCUGUACAUGUUGGUCCAAUGACACCGCGUGACGGUCGUCAGUGAAUCGGUCGAAAAUCUGUGGCAACUCCGUGGCAUGCGUCACACCAGCGAGCUGAACUACUCAGUGGCACCAUUCUGCUCACUGACGACUCAGUGGCACCUCAUUGACGACUCAGUGGCACCAUUCUGCUCACUGACGACUCAGUGGCACCAUUCUGCUCACUGACGACUCAGUGGCACCAUUCUGCUCACUGACUACUCAGUGGCACCAUUCUGCUCACUGACGACUCAGUGGCACCAUUCUGCUCACUGACGACUCAGUGGCACCAUUCUGCUCAUUGACGACUCAGUGGCACCAUUCUGCUCACUGACGACUCAGUGGCACCAUUCUGCUCACUGACGACUCAGUGGCACCUCAUUGACUACUAUGUGGCACCUUAUUGAUGACUCAGUGGCACCUUAUUGACGACUCAGUGGCACCAUUCUGCUCACUGACUACUCAGUGGCACCAUUCUGCUCACUGACUACUCAGUGGCACCUCAUUGACUACUAUGUGGCACCUUAUUGAUGACUCAGUGGCACCAUUCUGCUCACUGACGACUCAGUGGCACCAUUCUGCUUAUUGACGACUCAGUGGCACCUCAUUGACUACUCAGUGGCACCUUAUUGACGACUCAGUGGCACCAUUCUGCUCACUGACGACUCAGUGGCACCAUUCUGCUUAUUGACGACUCAGUGGCACCUCAUUGACUACUCAGUGGCACCUUAUUGACUACUCAGUGGCACCUUAUUGACGACUCAGUGGCACCAUUCUGCUCACUGACGACUCAGUGGCACCUCAUUGACUACUCAGUGGCACCUUAUUGACGACUCAGUGGCACCAUUCUGCUCACUGACGACUCAGUGGUACCAUUCUGCUCACUGACUACUCAGUGGCACCUCAUUGACUACUCAGUGGCACAUCACUGACUACUGAGUGGCUCAAUUACUAUAAAAGUAAUUAUAUGCACGUAUUAUAUGGAAGUGUAUUAUGAUCCCUUGAUUGAAAAAAACAGCAAAAUCAAACUUAAAUUAAUGAGAAACCAAACAGUACACCAUGGAAACUCUAAGAGAACGGGUGGCUCAGGUCCAUAAACUAUAAAACUAAUUUAUGGCAGCUGACUCGUCGUACAAACAAAUGUGGCUCCGUCCACUGAGUUCACUGUUGUGACCCAACACGGAGUUGCUGAGUUGACUUGGGCCAGUGAGGCAACGAGGAUUUAAUAGUUGAUCAUCAUAUAAAAGGUUUGACCAAAGGUUCUCAGACAGAAUAUUAGAACACCACAGUGCGUGAACCAAUAUGUCCAUUAGGGACAGAUUGGACUUAGUAUGUUUCCUCAUCUUAUACACAUCUACUUCACUGGUGAAAGGCUAUUUUCUGCUCUCCAAAGUCAGUUUGUACACCUUGUUUUUUUCAAAACAUCUAGCAAUAUGUAUCGUCUGAAAAGAAACAAAUCGGUUAAAGAGUCACCUUUUAUAAAUUGCAUGAGUUGAUCAAACGAUCUUUACAGAUCAUUUUAACCGACGUUACAAAAAACAGGAAAAAAAUGCUGAAAAGAAAAGGCAAAUGUUUAGAGGUGGAAUUUUAGCUAUUUUCGAUAAUCCUGGAUUAGCGAGUGAGUAUGCAAAUAAGUUUUGUGACAAUUUCUUGAAUUAUGUCCUUGAGUGAGUAUUGCAAUCAUAUGAUCUCUUGAUCCCAGGGUCAAGGAUUUAGAAACAUAAUUGGCUUUUAAUAGUGUUUUUGUAUUGCUAACUGCUGUGUACUCAUCUCAACGCCUCCCGCAAUAGAAGAGAAGCAAAGCAUGAGGACACAUGCAAUUUGAAUUGAAACCACAGGUAGGGAAUUAUUUUAUGCAAUUUCAUUUUUUUUUAAUUGCCACCUUUAGUAAAGGAGUGUGUUUUUAUGUCAAUUUCAAGUAAACAGAAAAAACAUAACUCAUUCCUUCUUUUGACUUAGUAUUAUGGAAAUAGUUGAAGGAAAAAAAGCGCCGUUGUGUGUGCUACUUUCCACACGUGGACUCGCAUGAACUUGUGUGUGUUAAACCCGCUCAGUGUUUCUCCCUUCACAAGCUCCCCAGACCCCCAUGAGAAAUAACUGCAAAUAACAUCAGUUCCUUCAUCUCGUGAGAGUCGGACCUGCCGAACCGAGGAUCAAAACCCGUUCAACCACCACAGAAUCCCUCUGGAUCACGUUCAUCAAAGCUGCUCCCGGAUCAGCGAGCAAGUAUGCAAAUAAGUACAUGUUGUGAUAAUCUCUGACCUGGUUGACGGCCUCCUGAUCCACCGGCGCCGUGCUGCAGCGCUUCACACAUGUGAAGGCUCCAGACUACAGGCCGGGACGUGACCUCAUCAGGACAGUCCACCUCUUUUUAUUUUAUAGUCAUAAUCCAUACGAAUAUUGUGGUGUUGGGAGGAAACACCCGGACGGUCCUCAUCUCAUACCAUUACCCAACGUGUUGUGACGGAGUUCCAGUGACCUAAUAAAUGUCAUUAGUGAUUAGAUGACCACAGCACUAGAACUCGUAUUCAAGUCGGUCUUUACAAUACAAAUGUCUUCCUGUAAACUGAGAUUUAGUGAAUAAUAUGAGAAUUUAUGGUUGAAGUAA